AUGGUGCUAUCAAGUCCUCGUCGCGUGCUCCAGGUUGACGAUCUUACAGUCGACGGAAUCUCGGACGAAGGCGAUGUGGUCCCAGCCCCUACUACAGCGCCUGAACGAAUCUCCCCUCAACGUCGAACCGCCCGUCCUCGACAGUCUCGAACGCCAACACCUCCAAGCACCCUUCCCACCUCCCCUAGCUCAAGUACUGAAACCACGUCCGCUGGUUCAACUCCUCGCCCCACAGUUACGACCCCCACACCAACAACGCCACGUGUAACGACACUUCCCCCCACGACAACACUGGCCGUGUCCACUGCUGUUGUGACCACAACGACUUCCCCUACUCCAUCGCCCACUCCUUCGCCUACUUCAUCCCCCACGUCUUCAUCCACCCAAUCAACAUUGCUUCCAACAACGUCACUCGCAACAACAAGCACCCCCGCCCCUCUACUACCUACCACACCGCUGCCGAAGACGCCAACAUCAAGCCCUAUUCCACCAGCACCGGUACUGGUCCCUACAACGUUACCAAGUGUGGAAUCUGCCGACCUACCUUGGGGGGACAUAGCUCCACCCUCCACAACGCUGUUCGAAGCAUUUGAUCCUACGACCGGAACCCCGUCCACCCCCCAAGCCACGAGCUUUCCUGUGAGCGCCAUCGUCGCGAUAGUCGCAGGUGUUCUUGCUGUGCUUGUGACGGCCGCCGUCGUAGCCUACUAUCGUCGUCGCUAUCGACAAAUGAGUUUGCAGUACCUUCAAAAUAUGCAGUCCACUGCGUGGACAUUUGACGACGCCACGGUCGACAACGACUCGCACGCGCCGUCUGGACCCCCACGCUCCCCCUCCAUGUCUAUUUGGACUAACCCAAACCGCCCCGCGUCCGAGUUUUCAUCCGGAUUCAAAGCCCAGUGGCAGCGUCAUGCGUUUCCGUCCCCGGGCUCCACGGCAGACUACCAGGCUCGUCGGGCACGAUUGUCGUCGUUGCAGACUGAGGUCAACCACGAAGGCAUGCGCCACAAUGGAUGGUACCAAGCUUCACUGGCAGACUCGUCAGUCGCUGCGCACCAUCCCAAGAUGGCCAUGCCGCUGCGACAUGGGAUGACUGGCGGCAGCAGUGUCGAGAGCCUCAGCAGGUUGGAUCCGGCGCAGCGCCUGCACAUGAACCGCCAAGGGCACAACCUCAUGUAUGACACCCACCAAGCGAGCUAUAUCAGUACUGCCAACGACCACGAGUGCGAUUCUGCCAUUAGCUUCAAGUCAUCGGGCGGGGAAUCGACGUCGCCACGCCCCACGACGAAGCGAAGUACGAGAGGCGACAACCACCUGAGCAUGUCUAGCUGGGACGAGCCGUAG